CUCUUUUUAUCAAAUUACCAGGAAAAAAUUGUUUCUUUCUAAUUAGAAGAAUUAUAAUCAAAAUCCAAUGAGAAGUUUAUUCACGAUCGGCCUAAUUGCAGCAUGGUACUCCUCGAACAUUGGGGUCUUGUUAUUGAACAAGUUCUUGCUAAGCAAUUACGGGUUCAAGUACCCGAUUUUCCUCACGUUAUGCCACAUGUUGGCUUGUUCUUUGCUGAGCUACAUCGCUGUUGAAUGGCUCAAAAUAGCUCCUCUGCAAAGGGUAAGGUCGCGGUUGCAGAUGCUGAAGAUAUCCGCCUUGGGGAUCAUCUUUUGUUUAUCCGUUGUCGGUGGGAACAUUUCACUUAGAUUCCUUCCGGUUUCGUUCAACCAGGCCGUGGGCGCCACCACGCCAUUCUUCACGGCGGUUUUCGCGGUCGUGAUGACCUACAAGAGAGAAGGUUGGGUUACGUAUGUAACCCUUAUCCCUGUUAUUGCAGGUGUAAUUAUUGCCAGCGGGGGAGAACCAUUGUUUCAUCUGUUUGGAUUUAUAAUGUGCAUUGGUGCCACUGCUGCAAGGGCUCUUAAAUCAGUGCUUCAAGGGAUUUUGCUUUCUUCCGAAGGGGAAAAGCUCAACUCCAUGAACUUGCUGAUGAACAUGGCACCUAUAGCUGUCAUAGUCCUUAUCCCAGCAGCUAUUUACAUGGAACAAGGUGUGAUUGGAAUCACUGUUGCACUUGCAAGAGAUGAUUGGAAGUUCCUAUUGUAUCUCCUCUUCAAUUCUGCCCUUGCAUAUUUUGUCAACUUGGCUAAUUUCUUGGUCACCAAGCAUACCAGUCCCUUGACUCUCCAGGUGUUAGGAAAUGCGAAAGGGGCGGUGGCUGUGGUUAUAUCGAUCUUGAUAUUCAAAAACCCGGUAUCAGUUGCAGGGAUGCUCGGGUACUCUCUCACGGUAGCAGGGGUGGUUCUCUACACUGAAGCCAAGAAAGGCAAUAUGUAAAAUAAGGGCAUUUAGCAGGGAACACCAAUUCCACCAAAUGUUGUGCGUGUGUGUGUUUUAGUGUGGGAUGAGGCUGUUGAAACAAGUAUCAAUUCAGGCUAUGUUAAGUUGUCCCUCUUUUUGCAGAGAUAACAAGUAGGAGAAUUGCAGUUUUGUUGAACAUACAUGUCUUCUCUUCUUUUAUGGAAAAUUUGGCAGAAUUUUCUU